AUGAGGCAGGCACACAUGAUCACGUUGUUUGGUGAGACUGUCAGGCCGAUGUACCCAAGCGCCACCAAUGGGCCUGAAACCCAAGCUGCUAUGAGGGACCAUGCCUCGCUCUCGGCAGAGCUGCGUCUGGUCCUCGGUGAGAUCGAGAGCAGGGCUUCCUGCCUCCACGUGGCAGCUUCCCCAGGGGGGGCUGUGUCUGGGGUGCCCCAGGGGCUGGGCCUGGAGUGUUGGUCGAGGACAGGCGCGCCCCUCCGCCCCCGUGCCCGUCCCCGGGGUGGCCCGCGGGUCCCGGGUCCACCGCCGUCCGCUCUUCUUCCACAGGACGCGGGGCAGCACUUCAGCAAGUCCCUGGGCAGCCUGGCGUUCGGCCGGGUCGCCAUCGUGGCCAUGUCCGUCGUGAACCUGAAGCUGGCCGUGUCCAUCGCUCUGCGCUUCUCAGCCACCAGGCGUCAGUUUGGGCCGACCGAUGGGGAGGAAGUCCCGGUGCUGGAGUACCCGAUGCAGCAAUGGCGCUUACUGCCGUACCUGGCCGCCGCCUACGCCUUGGAUCACUUUUCCAAGUCACUCUUCCUGGAUCUGGGGGACCUUCAGCAAGGCCUCCUGGGGAAAGACCGGAGCGUCAGGCAGGCAGAGCUGGGACGCGAGAUCCACGCCUUGUCGUCGGCCGGCAAGCCCCUGGCCUCGUGGACGGCCCAGCGGGGGAUCCAGGAGUGCCGCGAGGCGUGUGGAGGACACGGCUACCUGGCCAUGAACCGUCUGGGCAACCUCAGAGACGACAAUGACCCCAACUGCACGUACGAAGGUGACAACAACGUCCUGCUGCAGCAGACCAGCAACUACCUGCUUGGCCUGCUGGCUCACCGGGACCAAGGCGGUGCCUGCAUCCAGAGCCCCCUGAAGACCGUGGACUUUCUGGACGCCUAUCCAGACAUUCUCGGCAGGAGGUUCGAGGGCUCCAGCCCCGAGGACUUGCUGGACUCCUCAGUCCCGCUGGCGGCAUACGAGUGGCUGGUCUGCUACCUGCUCAGGGAGAGCUACCAGAGGCUCAAUCAAGAGAAACGCUCAGGAAAAAGCGACUUCGAAGCCAGAAACAACUGUCAGGUAUACCACUGCCGGCCCUUGGCCCUGGCGUUCCUGGAGCUCACGGUCGUGCGCAGGUUCCACGAGCACGCGCACCAGCCCGGCGUGCCGCCCCCGCUGCGGGCCGUGCUGCGGCGGCUCAGCGCCCUCUACGCCGUGUGGUCCCUGAGCCAGCACACCGCCCUGCUCUACCGAGGUGGGUACUUGUCUGGUGAACGUGCGGGCAAAGCGAUGGAGAGCGCAGUCCUGGCCCUGUGUGCGCAGCUGAAAGAUGAUGCUGUUGCCCUGGUGGACGUCAUCGCCCCUCCAGACUUCAUCCUGGACUCACCGAUUGGCAGAGCUGAUGGCGAGCUCUAUAAAAACCUCUGGACUGCCGUCCUUCAGGGAAGCAAGGUGCUGGAGAGGGCAUCAUGGUGGUCAGAAUUCGCGGUCAACAAGCCCGUCAUAGGAAGUUUGAAAUCAAAGCUGUAGUCGAACCGGCUAAAUCUGGCGAAGCCAUGAGGACCUGGACCUCAGGUUCACUUCUGGAAGCCCCAGACCCGCAGUUCUUCCUGGCGGCUUGUCCUGUUGAGUCCAGGGCUGGACCGGCUGAUCCUGGCCUGGCCCCCGCCCGCCGCCCCGAGUCCUAGCAGGACGGGUAACCUCCAAAGGGUAGGACUGAUUUGGGUCAUCCUGAUUUGCUGGGUGAAAACAAAGUUUAUAUAUAGGAUCAUGUCUUCCUGAGAGACUGAACACUUUUGGAUAAUUAGAGCUUUAGCAUAAUUCUGUUUUCAUAUGCUGAUUAUGAAGCUGACUGCUUGUAAUCUGGGAUUUUUCUGGCCAGGUGAUCUUUUGCCUUCAUCUGAGAUUUCUUCCAAGACUUUGCUUCACUAAGCCCUGAACGAUGCCAAUCCGACUCUUUUUUCACCCUGGUUUGACUUUCUCAUGUCAUUAAAUUAUAUCAUAACUUUACUAAUUUGCGCUGUGGACCACCCGAAUGGCAUAGCUGAAGAUUUUGAAGGAAAAUAAAAUCAGUUUUCUUACUCUCUUAUGUGGAACUAGAAGUUUCCAUUAAAGAAAUGUUUCCAAAGGGGGGAAAAAAGUGCA